UAUCCCUUUCACGUCGUCCGCUCUCUUCCUUCUCGUGCUCUGCAACUCCUUAUUGACCUGGCUUGUCGCCGUGUGCGAGUGCUCCUGCCUCUGCUUCGUCCGACCGUGAGGCUCACCAGCGACGGGCGAGACUGCCCAGAUCGUCGUCUAGCCGCCUCGCCGCACGUGAUGCUCAUCCAAGGUGUGCGCUGUCUGGCAGAUCUGCGAAGUCAGCGCCUCUGCGCUGCAUGGCCCUCUUCGUCCGCCUGCGCAAGGAGUGGCCUUCGGCAGCGUGCUCGGGCGCAGCGGCGUUAGGAGGCCUUGGCAGACUUCCUGCGCGCAGCAGGGGGGCCGAGGCAACCCGCCAAGGCCCACCGUCUCAUUGCGGGGCUAGACCCUUGCGAGAAGCGGCUGAGAUGGCGCUGGAGCCUCUUCCCUGUCGGCAGUCGCAGUUGGGGUUGCGCGGACGCAGAGAGGGUGGCGAGAGUUCGGCAGAGGCCCUGAGAGCCAAGCCCCUGGCAGUUCCGCGAGCGUCACGCGACGGACGCGGCGCAAAGUGGCCCCAUUCGCACCCUGAGGGCCCUGAGCACUCUGUUCCGGCCCGGCCAAUCCGGCCAAUGAGUGUGUGACAGGCAAUCCUGCCGCGGGAACAGACGAGGAGAGGGAGAGUGCUGCCU